CUCAUUGAAUGGCAGAGUUUCCAUAAUAGCAUCCACCGUCAAUUAUGUCCUUCUUCAUCCGCAUUGUUUGACUGAAUCAUCGAAUUGCGAUACUUCCAUCAGCAGUUCAUUAACCUUCCUCUCCUCGGGGCGGCUUUCUCGCUUCAUCUGAACUUGAAACUUGCCUCGGUCGGGACUGUUCCGUGAAACAUUGCCCUCCAGCCCACAUCGUGUACUUCCUUCGACAGCAUCUUCCACUCCGCGUCAAUCUGUCGACACGAAUUCUGCAUCUUCGAGAAGUUUCUGACAGCCCCUGCUGUAAUACAAGCAACGAUGGCCACCUCCGUCAAUGAUCUCCCAAACGAGAUCCUAAGCCAGGUAUUCUCCCACCUGGACCGACCUGCGCCAUCAGACUCGAAACUCCAUGAUCAACCGAGCUCUUUCAUGCUGCAGAACCUCUUCUUUGACCGCGAUCUCAAGAAUACUUCUCUCGUUUGCAAGCGAUGGCGAGGUGCCGUGCUCCCUCUGCUGUUCCGCCAUGUGGUCUGGACAUUCGACCGAUUCGAGCUGUCGCUCAUGGAAGAGACGGGAAACCCUGCAUCUGCGAUCGACUUUCUGUCAUUCCUACGGGCUAACAAUUUAACCAACUAUGUCGAAACACUUUCAAUGUUUGUCGAAGAUGCCAUGGGCGGCGUAUCGGACGGCACCAGCAGUGCCACACUUAUGGAGACAGGCUUUGCGAACAAGGCCUCGUACAGCGAAGACUAUAAUUGGCUAUGGACGACAAUCUUUGAACAUAUUGAUCCCAUCCGGCUUACAAUGAUUGCGUCGCCACGAGUGCUGGCCCAGAUGCUAUCGCGUAUGCUCUUCCUUGGGGAUGCGUGGAACUUUUCAAUGCCUAGGCAUGUUCUUUCACUAUCACGCAAAGAUAAAAGGACAAAAGAGACGCAACUCGAGGCACCGGCGACAGUGUCAUCACCAAGUCAGGCAUCUGGUUCUGAAGUCACACAUCAGAAGCGUGUUCCCUGUGGCUUAUUCACCAUCCGCCCAUGGCAGGCUCUCUUACUCAACGAAGGAUCCUCGACGCGAGUCUACAAGACAUACGAAUUCUACCUCAAACGCCCACCUUCCAUCCUCGGCGCUCUUCUGGGCGCAGAAGAGUUCCCAAACGACGAACCCAUGAUCCCUUCCUCGAUCCGCGACCUCUCCUACGUCGGCAUCUUCCCCCUCUCGAGCCACUUCAACACCCUCGUCCAAAACGUCCCGCGCCUCGACCGCCUCUUCGUCCAGCUCGUUCCCCGAAACGACAUCCUCUCCGACCACGAAGAAAUGCGCAACGUCGACCUCGCCGAUCUCUGGAUGGAGCGCAACACGGCCUACUCGAUGCUGUUCCGCGAGCUCUUCAAUCCGAGCCCGGACAGCCCCUGGCUCGAGCUGAGCGUCUUUGAGAGCGGCGACGCGGCGGACAAGGAGGCGUGGGAUAUGGCGGUGCAGUUUGUGCAGUUUAGCGGCGUGCAGGGGUGGCGGGUCGCGGGCGAGGGCGUCUUUGCGAGGGAAGGGGACGAGGACGACGUCGGUGCGAUCCUCGGCAUGUCUCAGUCAGUGGCGCCAGCGGGAUCGCCAAGAUCACAAACAUUGUCUGAGUGAUGUUUGCUAAUGCGUCAGGUGCGAGAAAAGACUCCCGGGUAGGCUCAGACGGAUGGCGUUUAACGGAGUUGCGUCGUUGCCAGUGUCUAGCGUUACGCUCUACAUGAGAGAUGCAAACGCGCCGUAGAGGGGUAAUGUUGGGCAUAUGUAAGAUCAGGACAUUCCUUGGACCAGUCGUAUCAACCAGUUUAUGAUAAUUCUGC